AUGACCACCAUCCCUUCUCGCCUCGCCCGGACGACCCACAUCUCCGCCAGCCCAGAGGAGGCGCGCAGACGGGUCAUCCAGCUCUACAGAGACUGGUACCGCGGGGUACCAGAUAUCGUCUCAGUGUAUUCGAUGUCGGUCACUCCACAAUACUUCCGCCAUUGCAUCCGCAAAAAGUUCGAGCAGAACCGCUAUGUCACGGAUAAACGCGUCAUCGACGUGCUCAUCCUCAAGGGCAGGCAGGAGUACCAGGAGACGAUGAACGUCUGGAAGCAGCCCGAUCAUGUCAUGGGCAUCCUCCUCGAAGACAAGUCGAGACCACCGCGCACAUUUAUGCAGAAGUUCUUGGAAGGACGGGACGAGGAUGCUGUUGUUCCUGCUGCAUCAGGAGUCGUGUAACAUAGAGGCGAUCAAGCAUGUGCAGCGUCAUCGCACCUUGAAUCAUACAGUCUGUGCGAAUACGCAUGCGAGAUGUCGAACACGAACUACAUUGAGCUUGUUCCUCCAUCACUUGCGCGAUAACACAACAACUACUGCAAUACAUAGCUAGGAAUACACAUGCAAGUCCGGAUUGAGGUCAUUGCGGAAAGUCUCUAUUGAUAUGAGUAACAUCUCUACUCGGACCAAUCAUGAGAGGAAGUCAAUGGGGUCGUCAUCAGCAUCGACAACGGGUGGCGG